GACCCUGGUUGGCAUGCGAAAGUUGAAGAAGGGUGCUGUUCCAACAUUGUUUGCCUGGACUGAUAGCACCGUGAGGCCUGCAAGGAGGUCUAUCGUCAGAGGAACUACAAGUAAUGCAACCACUGCAGUUGUUGAAGAGGAUGUCCAGCAGGGUGAUGUAAAUUCCAAUGAGUUAAGUACAGAGACGGCCCCUCCACACCCCGAUCAUGAUUAUGCUGAACUGCCCCCGCCACUGGAGGAGCAACUUAAGGAAGCCCACAAGAUGAUCAACGAUCAAGCAGAAUUAAUUGCACGUCUUCAAACCAAGCGGUUUCUCCUUUCAAGAUUCCAAGGCGAUGAUAAGAACAUCAUGUUUUUCACAGGCUUUCCUGAUUACAACACACUGAAAGCAGUGUUUAUGGCCCUACAGCCUACUGCAGAAAACAUGGUAGGGUGGAGUCAGGCACAGCGAAUAAGGCAAGCUGACGGGGAAAUUGUAAGGCAGGGGUUUAGCAUUCCUAAACUGGCCGUCAUUGACCAGUUUUUUCUAUUUCUUUGUCGUCUUAGGCAAGGUUUUCCUGAACAGGACCUUGCAGUGCGCUUUGAUGUGUCACAGUCAACUGUAAGCAGGAUCUGUGUAACCUGGGCAAACUAUCUACAAUUCAUGUUAGGAUCACUUCCAAUUUGGCCUUCGAGAGAAACUGUAAACGAGCUCAUGCCUCCUUGUUUCCAAAGCACUUUCCCACUUACAAGAGUUAUAUUAGAUUGUACAGAAAUACACGUGCAGAGGCCUAGUUCAAAAGUUCUCAACUCUGAAAUCUACUCCCACUACAAAGGUAACACCACUUUUAAGGGCCUAGUUGGCAUCUCUCCCUCAGGUUUAGUCACAUUUGUCAGUGACCUGUAUACAGGUUCGAUAUCUGACAAGGAGAUCACAAGAGAAUCAGGGAUCCUGUGUCUACUUGAGGAAGGCGAUGAGGUCAUGGCUGAUAAAGGAUUUCUCAUCAAGGACCUUCUCACUGAAAUCAAUGUCUCCCUUGUGAUCCCGCCCUUUUUAGGCCCAAGUGGACAUUUCAGCCAGGAAGAGGUGAGACAGACACAAGCCAUAGCCAGACUUAGCAUUCAUGUUGAGCGUGCCAUUAGGGAGGAUCAAAGAGUAUCACAUAUUCGAUACGGUCUUACCAAUGACACUAGUGGGCUCUGUCAAUCAACUGUGGACUGUUUGUGCCCUCUUGAGUAA